GAGCGCUGCCCACAGCAGGCAGAGGAAGAGGCCGAGCGGGCGGUAGCUCAGCCGCUUCUCCCCGUAGCAGAGGAGCAGCCAGAGCUGCAGCGCUAACUGUGGAGCAACACCCGUGUCCUCCUGCUAUCAAGGGUGAGCCCUGUUACCUGCCCGCCGGAGGCAUCCAGUGCCACCACUCUUCAUAAGAAAGGCCUAGGAACACACAGGAGAGGAGGUAACGCGGGGCUGAUGUGAUCCCAUCCCACCAGUGCCAGAGGAGGGACGGAUGGAGAACUUCACGCCACUGUCCUCGGGGCCAAAAAUGGUGUCCGAAACACACGGUAGCGCCUGCCAGGCCUCCUUUCAGAAUACUUCAUUACAAAGCAGCAGGAAUUGACCCACAGGAACCACACCUUGUUAGGAACGCUAUACAGCAAACAGUGACAUCUAGUGGCUGAGUCAUCUAUUGCAAACCAACAUUACACAGAAGAAUCAAAUACAGAUGUGGCUUCUGCAGUGACUUUAACUGAUGAAAUCAUGCUCCCCCAAAUGAAUGGAUGGGUUUCUUGCUUCUCUUUCUUCCUGUUAUGUACUUAUUACAUGGCUGCGGCAAGAAAUGCAAAUACACUGCUAGAGCUGAGCCCCCAGGAGUAUUUCAGUAGCUUGCAGCCGGGAAGAGCAUCCCUGGUUUAUUUUAGUCGAGAUGUUUCUCCAGGUGUCCGUCUGUUUCUGGAACAGCUAGAGAACUCGGUCGGAGCUCUUCAGGAUUAUGGGAUUUCAGUGGUGAAGGUUAAUUGUCUCGAAGAUGUAUCAAGAUAUUGUGGGAAAGAAAAUGCCUUAAUGAAAGCGUACCUGUUCAGAGGUAACGUAUUGCUCAGAGAAUUCCCCACAGAUGCCCUGUUCGACGUGAAUGCCAUUGUAGCCAAUACCCUGUUCGCCCUUCUCUUUAACGAAGUUAAAUAUAUUACAACACUGGUGGAGCUUCAGAAUCUAGAGAAUUCUCUGAAGGGAAGAUCAAAUGUUGUCUUUGCCUAUGUGCCAGCGAUUGGAACGCCAGAGCACAGAGCAGUAAUGGAAGCUGCUUUUGUAUAUGGUACUGCCCACCAGUUUGUUUUAACCACAGAAGCGGCGCUGGCGAAGGACAUUGGCCAUGAAGAUUCUGAUGCAUUGUCUGCUCGACUCUUCUUCUGCCAUUGUCAGCGGGUCCCGGAUCUGACCCAGCCGUGUAGGAGGACUCCCAUGGUGCAAUCACUGGCCACGCUGAACAUCCACACGUAUCUCAAACUGAUGGCAGCACCCAUUGUGACUGAAGUUGCUGAAGAUCCCGAAAAGGUUUCAACUGUUCACCUACAGCUCGGUCUGCCGCUGGUGUUUAUUCUCAGUCAGAAGGAGACCUAUGAAGUUGAUAAGAGAACUGCUGAGUUUGUUGCGUGGCAGCUGCUGGGGAAAGCAGGAGUUGCCCUCUUGUCAAGGGACUCCGUACAUCUGAACGUUUUUCUCCAAUCUAACAUAGCCCUCAAGACAGCAGAAGAGGGUGCGCCGAUCAAAUACCUGGUUUUGGAAGACACUGAUGAAAUAAUAGCCCUUGUGGAAGAUGAGAUAAAGGGCGAACAGAUCCAGGAAGAUGAGGAUGAAAGUGACAAUUAUGACCAGGACGUUCAAGAUGACCAGGUGAUGGAAGCGGUUUACAGAGACAGGAAGCGAGAACUCCCUUUGGAACUCAUCCCUACCCUGACAGAAGAAACUUUUAAUGCUGCUCUGAUGGAGACCGCCCACAUGGUGGUGCUAUUCUAUGCCAGUUGGGAAGCGGUGUCUCUGGCGAUGUUGCAAUCGUAUGUAGAGGUGGCCAUUGCGUUAAAAGGAACCCAAGGAAUUUCGCUUGCCAAAGUAAACUGCUGGGACUGGCCUGAUGUCUGCAUGAAGCAGAACGUCACUCAAUUUCCCAUUACCAAGAUGUAUGAGAAGGGAGCAGGGUCGCUGACUUACACUGGCAUGCUCGGAACAGCAGAACUGCUCAGAUUCCUCAGGCUAAGCAGCAUUUCCUGCCCUGUGAAGCUGACCACCAUUGAAGAAGUGGAUGAAUAUUUAAGUGGGGAAGUCCAUGCCGACUCGUCUUCUUACCACAGCACAUCAGUUCUGGGAAUAUUUCACCCUCGCAUGAAAGCAGCAAGGGAAGCUUUCGUCGAAGCAGGAAACAUGCUCAGGGGAUAUGUAACAACAGGACUGUAUGCUGAAGAUGAUGCGUUGGUUCUGGCCCGUAAAUAUGCCGUGCCUCUUCCAGCGCUGCUCCUAGUGAGGCGUGAAGAUCACAGAAUAGAUAGCGUCCCGCUAUCAAAACAGAGUGUCCCGGACAUAGUUCAGACCAUCAGGUCCCAAUUACUGGAAACAUUUCCAGAAAUCACAGUGGAAAAUCUCCCCGACUACUUGAGCCUGGAAAAACCCUUACUCAUUUUGUUCAACGAUGGAGGCCUAAAUCGAAGAGUGAGACUGGAAAUGUUGAGUUUGGCGAAUGGAAAGGGCCACGAGGCGUUUCUCGCUUGCUGGAUGAACCUGAAAAACACUCCUGUAGGCCGAGGAGUCCUGAAGGCAUAUUUCAGCACUCCACCUCCUCUGCCUCUUCUUGCCUGGGUGAACCUUCAUUCCGGCGGUCAAGUAUUUGCAUUUCCUUCAGACCAAUCUGUCACCGAAACGAACGUCUUGUCUUGGCUCGAGAAAUUAAAAGCCGGGCUCGAGAUUCCCAGCACUACUUUGUCUGAUGAAGCCUGGAAGCCUCCUCUUCCUGCUUACAAUUUCUUACGCAUGAUGGAGGCCACCCUACCUGAAUUCACAGUGCACACAGUUUAUAGUCGUGGUGGUACCGAGGACCUGCAGCAGGCAGAAGAGGUCUCUGAAGAGAAGUCGACGGUCCGAGAGGAGCAGGUGGAAGAACCGGGGCUGGAAGCAGAGAAAGGCCAGUCGCCAGGGAGAGACUUGCGUGGCACGGUCCCAAGGCUCGUAGGAAGAGAGAAGCCGCCCAAGCGACACACGGAGCUGUGAUGGCCAAUGAUCAGCCUACGGGUGCUAACGAAGGCCGUUAGAAGGGUGGCCAGGAUGUUUCACCCAUGCCGAUCCGAUCUUUAAAAUGGUCAUAGCGAUUCUUUAAAACCAAAAGGGAUGUGGUUGUGUGAAACUGGUCAUGAAGUGAAGGCCGCAGCAGGAUUACGGUUUAAAGCCCGAUUUCCAAGCCGAUCAAGCGCAGGUCAUUUUGUCUAGCGCUAUGAUCUGUGUUACCGCAGCCAGGCUCUGAGAAUGUUCCUGGCUGCUGCGGGAGCAUCCAUCAGGUCACCACUUAAAUCUCACCUAUUGUAUUGCGUUUCAUGGUAAAUCAGGAAGGGAAAUAGCCUAGCGUUCUGCAUUUUGCAAGCUGAUCAGGAUGUGUGAACAAGCUAAUUCCCAUUGCUGAGGGCUCUGUCCACACACCGAACUAUCCCAGUCUAGUUAAAGCCAUAGUGUAUGUGCAGUUAUACUGGUAUAAAUGUGAUUACGCCAGCAUAAGGCACCUUUACACCAGUAUAACUGUGUCCACACUAGGGGUAUGUCUACACUACCCGCCGGAUCAGCGGGAAGUGAUCGAUCCACCAAAGUCGAUUUAUCGGGUCUAGUCUAGACGUGAUAAAUCGACCCCCGAGCGCUCUCCUGUCGACUUCUGUACUUCAGCACCAUGAGAGGUGCAGGUGGAGUCGACGGGGGAGCGGCAGCAGUCGACUCACUGUGGUGAAGACACCACGGUAAGUCGAUCUAAGUACGUCAACUUCAGCUAUGUUAUUCACGUAGCUGAAGUCGCAUAACUUAGAUUGAUCCCUCUCUUCCCCCCCCCAGUGUAGAUCAGGCCUAGGAGCUGUACGGAUAUAACUAUGUCGGUAGAAAAAUCGCCCCCCUCCCGGAAAUAGUGACAUCGGUACAAAAGCUGCGUGUGGCGCUGGCCUGAGAAAAGGAGAGCCGAGUGGGGAAGACAAACACACUGGACUUCCCAGGUCUUGACUUUCCCCUGACAUGUUUGUGUGUGACUGCUAGCUCUGCUCAGCUGAAUCCAUCACCCUGCUGUUUCUGAGCAGGGAUGGGGCCGGACGUAAAAACUGGCUGGCUCCCUGCUGGCUGAUUGCCAGCAGCCGUCCCCAGUUCCUCCCGUGAUGACUAGUCAGGGGGCUGCGACCUGAGCAGACUAGGGCGGGAGAGUGCGGAAGGACAGCCAUUCAGAGCUGUGCAAAAGGCAUCAGGGUUUAAAGGGAAGAGUCUGCAGUGACCCAGGCUGGAGAGCAAAGGUUGCUACUGAUGCCGGGAGAUCUGUUUCACAUCCUCUCCCAGACUGGGAGACUUACUGCCCAGGAAAAAGGCAGCAUCCCUUUGGCGCUUGCUUCCCUUUUACAAUCAGCGGUGGUGGUGAUCUGUGUUCCCUCUAAGGGGCACGGCUGCGCGGGAGGCUGCACACUUAAUUAGCAGAGCCGCGCAGGCGUGCACACUGCACUCAGGGACCUGGCCACAGGUGGGCUUGGAAGAUGGCAGUGUGGUGAGGUGGGGACUGGUGAUGGGAGAGCUUGGGGUGUGCAGGACUGCGGCAAUUCCCCGACCCCCAGGGCUGCAGCGAGGAGAGAGGCACCUCUCCUUCCCAGCUCUGGGGCUGCGGCUGUGGGGUGAGGCGCCUCUCCCUCCCAGCUCCGGGGCUGCGGCUGUGGGGCGAGGCGCCUCUUCCUCCCAGCUCCGGGGCUGCGGCUGUGGGGCGAGGCGCCUCUCCCUCCCAGCUCCGGGGCUGCGGCUGUGGGACGAGACGUCUGUCCCUCCCAGCUCCGGGGCUGCGGCUGUGGGGCGAGACGUCUCUUCCUCCCAGCUCCGGGGCUGCGGCUGUGGGGUGAGACGUCUGUCCCUCCCAGCUCCGGGGCUGCGGCUGUGGGGCGAGACGUCUCUCCCUCCCAGCUCCGGGGCUGCGGCUGUGGGGCGAGACGUCUCUCCCUCCCAGCUCCGGGGCUGCGGCUGUGGGGCGAGACGUCUCUCCCUCCCAGCUCCGGGGCUGCGGCUGUGGGGCGAGACGUCUCUUCCUCCCAGCUCCAGGGCUGUGGCUGUGGGGCGAGACGUCUCUCCCUCCCAGCUCCGGGGCUGUGGCUGUGGGGCGAGACGUCUCUUCCUCCCAGCUCUGGGGUUGCGGCUGUGGGGCGAGACGUCUCUUCCUCCCAGCUCUGGGGCUGCGGCUGUGGGGCGAGACGUCUCUCCCUCCCAGCUCUGGGGCUGCGGCAAUGGGGCGAGGUGCUUCUCCCUUCCAGUCCCAGGGCUGUGGCGAUGGGAUGAGACGUCUCUCCCUCACCACUCUGGGGCUGUGGCGAUGGGGCGAGGCGCCUCUUCCCCCCAGCUCUGGGGCUGUGGUGAGGGGGAGAAAAACUCUCCCCCAGCCCAAGUGCUGCUGUGGGGAGAGAGGGCUGGGGGGAGUCCUCUCUCCACGCUGCAGCCCAGGGGCAGCCUGCACCCCAAACCCCACAUCCAUGGCCCCACCCCAGAGCCUGCACCUCCAGCUGGAGCCCUCCCCCCGUGCCCCAACCCUCUGCCCCAGCCCUGAGCUCCCUCCCAAACUCCAAACCCCUCAGCCCCACCCCUACCGCACAUCACCUCCAUAUUGGUGCACAUAACAAAAUUAAUUCUGCACAUGGGUGGGAAAAAUUAGCAGGAACAUUGAUGGUAACAUAUUCAUUGGUGGGGCCUAAUCCACAGGGGCUACUCGUGAGCACGGGCUGCAGGAUCAGGCACCUGGUAGGUUUGGGAAGAAGUUUAAGGCCUGGUCAAGACCCGUUGAAGGCCGUGGGAAUGUUUGUGCACUGGAUCAGCUGGCAUCAGCUUAUUUCAACAAACUGCCCUUGGAACAAGCCCUUGACACCACUGGGCUCAAUUUCCCAGUCUCCUUUAUAGCGUUAACAAAAAAACAAAAAAUGCUAAUCAGUUGCUCAGAGCAUUGUAAACGCUGGGUUUUCCCAGACUUGCGUGCUGCCUAGGUGCCCAAGUGAUGGGAGUUAUUUGAAAUGCCUGGGUAGAGAGAAAUAGACCUAGAGCCGUUUGGUUUUCUCAAGGGCCCUGACUGGAACGGACCAUUUCUUGACCUAGUUUUGAAGGCAGGCUUCAAAGCAGAAGUUUCUUUUUUUCCCCCCAAGGUUGUAUUAUAAAUCUAACAUUGGCCUGUCAAUUAAUUGCAGUUAAUUCAUGAGAUUAACUCAAAAAAACCAAUCGCGAUUAAUCGCAGUUUUAAUCGCACUGUUAAGCAACAGAAUACCAAUUGAAAUGUAUUGAAUAUUUUUGGAUGUUUUUCUACAUUUUCAAAUAUAUUGAUUUCUGUUACAACACAGAAUACAAAGUGCACAGUGCUCACUUUAUAUUAUUAUUUUUAUUACAAAAAUUUGCACCAUAAAAAUGACAAACAAAAGAAAUAGUAUUUUUCAAUGUAUCUUUUCAAUACCAUAAUGCAAUCUCUUUAUCAGGAAUGUGCAACUUACAAAUGUAGACUUUUUUUUUGUUACGUAACUGCACUCAAAAACAAAACUAUGUAAAACUUCAGAGCCUAAAAGUCCACUCAGUCCUACUUCUUGUCCAGCCAAUCACUGAGACAAACAAGUUUGUUUACAUUUACGGGAGAUAAUGCUGCCCACUUCUUAUUUACAUUGUCACCAGAAAGUGAGACCAGGCAUUCGCAUGGGACUUUUGUAGCCACCAUUGCAAGGUAUUUAUGUGCCAGAUAUAAAAUUUUUAUUAAAGCUAAUGUUAAAAUUAUAUAAUACACAUUGAGUUGAGAACAGUGUGUCUGUACAUCCGGGUAUAGUGCUUAGAUAAUCCACAGGUGCAAAGUUUGUUUAAAAACUCAUAAGAUACAUAUAAUACAUAAUCUGCAAUAACCCAAAUUCAGAUGAAUACAUUUACAUUAAGUUAUACAGAGAGUUGGUUGGUUGCUGGUCAUGAGCCCAUGUGGCGUUCUCUGCUAGCAGCAGGGAGAGCUUGCUGGCAUUUGCCACUAUACACAGAGUUACACUCCAAUAAUUGUCACUGUUGAAAUCUAAGUGAGUUUUACUGUUGACGGUAGUGGGAGCAGGAGUGGACCCUUCACCGCCCCCCAAACAAGGCCCUAUAUGCUGCUCAAGACCCCCAGGCUUAUGGAGGCUUUAAAUUAUGCCCAGUUUAGGCUCUUUGCUGUCAUGAACUUCACUCUUGGUUCAUAGGCACAACCAGUAAGGGAAAUUCCAUCCACUGUUCACAGCUCUUGGAGAGAAAAAACAACAAAGGAUUAUUAAGGUGCCUAUGCCAGAAAUCUUUAAACGGAGCCAAAGGGAAUGAAGGCUAUUAAUAUCCCUUCUUUGUCUAAUGCACAUUUAAUAGCAAUGCAGCCUUUGUGUGGCAGCAGGUAAAAGUUUUCAUGACAGCAAAUGACCCAGUACAGGUAUGUUGCUGUCUUUUAUCUACACCAAAUUGAAUCUAAAUACUAAGAUCUUAGGCUGGCAUUAUUCAUUUUGGGCCAGAUCCAGGAAAUGUCCCUGUGCUAAAUGUUAAAUCGAGAUUGGGUGUCUUGUUCUGAAGUUAUUGGCUUGGUUCAGGAAUCCCUGAACCAAGCCUGUGUUAUGCAGGGGAUCCGUCUGAAUGAUCACAGUUGCUCUAAAAUCUAGGACUGACUGCUCGGGUGAGUAGCCGUGCAGUGGGACUACUCACCCGAGUAAAGCUAACCAUGUGCAGAAGGGUUUGCAGGAUCAGCGCCCUGAGUAGUCCCAUUGAAGUCAGUGGCAGUUUUGCCUGAGUGAGGAGCACAGUAUCACAUCCUAAAACAGGUUAGAUGAUGCAAUUUAGUUUGGGAUUUUUACCUGAGAAGCUUUACUGAAUUUUCCGACACCAGCAGAAAACUUAAGACCAGACGGAUCCGUGCAUACAGGAGAGAACUCAUCAGACGUCUGAUGUAUACGGCUGCAGAGUUGGGUUAUCGUCAGGCUGCUCACAGUUCUCUUCAUCGGCUGACAGAAGGACUCUGGGUUACAUUCAUGUAUUUGCUUUGGGUCUGAAGCAAUCCCGGGGAAGGAUAACAGAUGGACACAGCAGCAAGAGAAAAAAAUCAUCGACAAACCCAAUCCAUUCAGGUGGAUUUGAGUGAAAAAAAAAAUACUGUGUUUGCAGGAAAAGGAAGAGGUCUUGAAUCCUUAGGGUACGUCUACACGGCAGUGUAACCCCAGAGUCCAGACUCAGGGUCAAGGCUAACUCCCCUUCUGUCUAAACACAAAUCACACUCGUCCAAGGCUCGGACCCGGCGUCCCAGGACCCCCCAGGGAUGCAGGGUCUGAGCCUGAGUCAAGCUGGGACCAGGGUUCUAGCCGUAUUGUUUCGCAGCAUAGACAUAGUCCCACUGGUGGUGCUCUGGGAGUCUGCCAAAAGUGUCCCACACGCCAAUUUUCUUUGUUCUCUGGACAGUCAAAUCUGGUGGACAGUCAAGUUUUCCCAUGCUGCACCACGAACAAAGCGCUAGAACCAUAGGCGCCAACUUUCCCCGGCGCCGGUGGGGGCUCAUGCCCCCCUGCCCUGCCCCCAUUCCAACCCCUUCCCCAAAGUCCCCGCCCCAACUCCACCCCCUCCCUGCCCCUAUUGGACCCCUUCCCCAGAUCCCGGCCCCGCCUCUUCCCCGAGCACGCCGCAUUCCCCCUCCUCCUCCCUCCCUCCCAGCACUUGCCGUGUGAAUCAGCUGUUUCGCAGUGCAAGCGCUGGGAGCCGGGGGAAAAAGUGGGGACACGGUGCGCCCAGGGGAAGAGGCAGAGCGGAGGCGGAGGUGAGCUGGGGCAGGGAGCUGCCGGCGGGUGCUCAGCACCCACCAAUUUUUCCCUGUGGGUGCUCCAGCCCCGGAGCACCCACGGAGUCGGUGCCUAUGGCUAGCACGGCCCCUCAUUUGGGGAGGAUGCUAGGAAUUCUGGGAUACGGGUGGUUGGACUUGGGCACACAUAAUGCAGUGUAGAUGCAGGAGCCCUAAGUUGGGACCCAGGGUUCAACAAUUCCUAACGGGGGUUACAAAUGAGUGGAGGUGCUCAAGUUUUUAACAAACCCAGCGUUGGCUCACUCAAGUUCUGCUAUUCCCGGGCUUACAUUGCAAUGGGAUAGCAUUAAGAUACAGAAUGAAUCCAUGUCGUGCUUCAAAACAGAAGUCCUUUUCAGGGCACUGUACGUGUCAAGGGAAUGGAAUGAGGCUGUGUGUAUUGGCUUUGUGUGACUGUGUGUAUUGACGCAUUUAAGUUAAAUGAAGCACAGCUAUAGUGAGCAUCAAUUCUAUCCGUUUCCUUCUCAGACGUUGAAUAUUAAAGUGUAAUUUCAUCUGUUUAAGCUGCAGAUCUGUAUUUUCCAGGAUGUUGUGUUGGAGAAUUGCAUGUGUAGGGCAUUGUGACUUGAUGUUACGUGCGCCUGAGACACGUGAUAUUGAUUUUUCAGGUCUUUUCCUGAACACUUUUUUCUUUUUUGACGGUGUGCAGUUUACUGGUACAUAAUAAAGCUGGUAACUUUCAUCCA